AGCUGCUCUUUGGUUUCUCAAGAGGUGCAUCCGUGACAUCUGGUGGAUGGGUGAGGAAUAUAAACUAAUGACGACCACAUCCCUCCGCUGAGAUUGGCGGAUUGGGAGUGACGAGUAUUUGCGGGAAGCUUUGGUCUACCUAGGUGGUCCAGAGAAACCAAAUUUCAUUCACCAAACACAAUACGCCUCGGAUAAGACGUCUAUCUGUUAAAACAAUAACUUCUGACACAUUCAAUGAAGCAGCAUUCCACCCCACGGGCUGCGUUGAAGUUCAUAUCGGUAACUAUUCCCAAUAUGAAGUACCAAAAGUACACUCACAAAAAGUAAACCGCAGUUAACCAUACACCCAUGAAAUGCUACAUUGCCUAACGUCCAGGUUUAAACCAAAACAAGGCGAAUGACUACAUGUCAUCCCAGACCACCCACCACUCUUCAGGGGAUCCGCUGGGUGAGGUGAAGAGUUGGGGGUGGGAGCGACGCCAUUGCACCGCAGCUGGUUUUCUACUAAACUACGAGUCACUACGAUGGCUUAGAGACCGUGCUCAAAGUCCAACCGCGACUCACAUGGUUCUGCUGCCGAGGGAAACGAGUAGAAUGGGAAACGUACAUUUAAAUGGACGAAUACUGACCCGUACCGUUGUUUCCCCCGUACCGAGUACUACUAUGCCUUCACAUCUCCAGUGGCCCUGCCUCUCACCAUGAAUACCAGUCGGAACUGUACCGCACUGGGGAAUAAUGAGGGCCAGGCGGUGUUGGAGACGGUCAGCAUUGUGACCAUCACACUCCUGGCUUUCCUGGGAAACCUCCUGAUUGUGGGGACCCUGUAUCGCAGGCCAUACCUGCUGACGCCCAGCAACAAGUUCGUAUUCAGCCUGACGCUGUCCAACUUGCUGCUCUCCGUGUUGGUACUGCCUUUCGUGGCGGUGAGCUCCGCGAAGAGGGAAUGGGUGUUCGGUGUGGUCUGGUGCAACUUCACCGCACUGCUCUACAUGCUCAUCAGCUCUGCCAGCAUGCUCACGCUGGGGGCGAUAGCUAUCGACAGGUACUACGCCGUCCUCUACCCCAUGAUCUACCCCAUGAAGAUCACGGGGAACCGGGCGGUGGUGGUGAUCGUCUACGUGUGGCUGCACUCCCUCGUGGCCUGCCUCCCGCCGCUCUUCGGCUGGUCGUCCUUCGAGUUCGACUGCGCCAAGCGGACCUGCGUGGCGUCCUGGCACCGGGACCGCGGCUACACGGCCUUCUGGGUCACGUGGUGCAGCCUGCCCUCCUUCCUGGCCAUGCUGGGCUGCUACGGCGUGAUCUUCCGCGUGGCGCGCACCAAGGCCCGCAAGGUGCACUGCGGCACCGUGGUGGUGGCCGAGGACGAGUCGGGCGGCGGCGGCGGUGGCGGCAGCCAGAAGAGCGGCCGCAAGAACUCGAGCACGUCGACGGGCAGCAACGGCAGCCGCCGCAGCCUGGUGUACGCGGGCAGCCAGUGCAAGGCCCUGGUCACCAUCCUGGUGGUGAUCGGCACCUUCCUGGUGACCUGGGGCCCCUACGUGGUGGCGGUGUGCUGCGACGCCGUGUGGGGGCCGGAGGCGGCCUCCCAGACGGUGGGCACGCUGGUGGCCUGGCUGUCGUUCUGCAGCGCCGUGUGCCACCCGCUCAUCUACGGCCUGUGGAACAAGACGGUGCGGAAGGAGCUGCUGGGCAUGUGCUUCGGCGACCGCUACUACCGAGAGCCCUUCGCCACGCGCCAGCGGACCUCGCGCCUCUUCAGCAUCUCCAACCGGAUCACCGACCUAGGGAUGUCCCCCCACCUGACGGCCAUGCUGGCUGGAGGACAGCUGCUGGCCCCUGGGAGCAGCACGGGAGACACCGGCUUCAGUUUCACUCAGGACUCUUGUACGGACGUGAUGCUGCUUGAUGACUUCUCCGCCGACGGCUCCUCCCAUCCCCCCUCCCACGGCAACACGUCCGGGAAGAGGCGGAGCUCCGUUACCUUUGAGGACCAGGUGGAGCAUUCCAAAGCAGAAAGCACCCUCCCCUCCACGCUCCAGGUGCACGCAGAGAUCCACAAGUCCCUGGACAGCUUCGCCGCGGGCCUGGCCAAAGCCAUCGAAAGCGACGCUAAGCUGGUCCUCUUUGGGGACGACUCCAGCCUCCUGGCGGGGAUGUUCACCAGCCGGUCGGCCGCCGCCCGGCCGCGCUACCUGGACGGCCAGAGACUCAGGCUGGAGAGCAUCGACGAGGGGAUAGUCAAGGACGACCGAGACCACGAGCCAGGGGACGAGGACGAGGAACUCAAGUGAUAAAUGUGGCUUUUGUACAUGGACCGCUGCCCCCGGGGCACCAUAACCUCUUCGAGGUACACAGCGACGCGUGAGGGGCUUGAGGAAGGAAGGACGGACGGACGGACGGACAUUAAGGGAAGAUGGAGACAUGGAGUGAGGGGGGGUUACUGUAGCCUCCGCUGCUGAUUACAUUUUUGUAAGAGAACAAACAUUGACGAUAGUGACGGGGCGAACAUGAAGUAGGGAUAAAACAUAUUCCUACAAAAAUAAUUGUUGACUGAACCACUUCCGCAACACUUUAAUCAUGAACAAGACAUGUUUCGUGCCUGGCCACUAGGAAACACAAAUAUAUAUAAUUUUUUGUAAAACAAAUGACUGAAACCAGAGUAGUGUUUGUAUUGUCAACCUCUUAAGACAAUAUUUUUCAGAGGAGUUCUCCCAAUGCGGUGAAACAAUUUUCUGCUUGGGAGUUUAUUAUGUAGUCGUCCAUACUUGAAAUUGUUUUUAGGAAAAGCAGGACAUUAUUCAUUCCACUAUGUUGGACCAAGUGUACACAUCAAGUGCCUUGCUAGUUAUCGUAAAAAUAUAGGAAUUAUUCUACUGCUGUGACACACGCUUCAGAAUUGUAGCUUUUGUUUACUCCAAUGAUUUAUUUAUCAAUGUUUUGUAUUUUUUUUUUUUUCAUUAUUUGCAUGGCUGAGUGCCUCAUGUAAUACAGACUAACAGAAUCUGUUAGUCAGUGUUUGUUUUUAGGUCCAAGGUACUUGUGGUGUCUAGAUAGUUCCCAGAUAGUUCCCCUUAUUGUGUUUUGUACCUCAUUUUCUACUGGUGCUCCCUUGCAUUCUCCCGUGAUCGUGUGCCAGGAAUGACGGCGUACACCAGAGUUGCACUUCAAUUUCCAGUGUGUACUGGACUUAAAUCCAUCCUGGCCAUAGGUCAAUGUUAGUCUGUGGUCCUGACUGGAGAACUUGAUGUUUAAGUGCUGUUGAAGUCAAUGACAAGGGUUGUUGCAAGUGGGUUUACGCACAAACCUGUUUAAAAAAAUAUAUAUAAAGGUUGUAUGUUCUUACAGCAGUACAAAAACAUUAAACCAAGACCAAUAUAUCUAGUAGUCCAAAAAAGUAUCUUGUAGUUAAUUUCAAGUAAACACAAUAUGUACUUCCUGAAUUGAAGGAUACUCCUGUUUGUACACAGACAGCGAUUAUAACCCAUAGGCUGUUUAGGAAGUUAUAUCGUCUUCAUUUGCACGUCAUUAGAGUGAAGUAGGGGGUAACCAGACGUUAAGACUGAAGUGAAUGCCACAAUACGAACCCUGUGUAUGACUCUCUGAGGCUGUUACAGUGCGAGCCACUGUGCUGCCAGAGACCCCAGUAAGUUACUGUAGUCAACAUGAUUUACUUAAGACUGAAACCUCUUUAAUAAAAUAAUGAAUAUCAUAUGGUCAGUUUCAAUGUCUGAAUAAUAAUAUGGUACUACUUUUGUAGGAAGAACCAAUGCACUACAAAAGUGUACUUUUCAUGUCCACUAAUAAAAAUAUUCAUGCUUUUUAA